AUGUGGAAUAGCAUUGAAUGGAUUGAUUCUGUGCAAGCUCUUGUUGAAGAUCGAGAAAGAUGGGCAGAGCUGUGGUCAAGCGCGACACACCUCGGCGAAGAUAAGGGCAAUCGCGUCUGCGAUAAUAGCAGCCAGCCGAUUAAGUCAAAUUUCAAGUAUGAGAACGAAUAUCAUUUCAUCACUGUACAGAAGAGACGGGAGCACUUCCAAUGUCGUGCGAAUCUUAUCAUGUUUGUAUCAAAGCUUCUUCAAACAGGGGUGAACACACACCAGUACUACAAUAAUAGAUGA